AUGUCAACUGAUAAUUUAUUCGAAGACAUAGAACAAGACAACAAUCCAUCUUUUUAUGGUAAUCCGUCAAUAUUAAGUGACCCAUAUCGUCCGACAUCAACCACAGAUCAGAAACAUGAUGGCAAGAGUAGUCAGCAACCACACAACAACGCACAACAGACACAACAAUCACAAGCAAGUAAUGGUGUUGCCUCAAAUGGAUUUCCUAAUAAUGAAUUGGUAAACAGCACCAUUGGGUUGUCUAACAAAAUCCUAGAAUUAUUGAACGAUUCUGAUUUGCAAGUCGAUAUUGUCAACUCAGAAAAGUUAGUCAAUUCUUCGGUUAUAGUAUACACAAUAGAAUUAUCUUCCAAAGAUACAAAAAUUGUGGUUAAAAGACGAUAUAGUGAAUUUAAAUCAUUAAGAGACAAUUUGUUAAAAUUAUUCCCAACAUUAAUUAUCCCUCCCAUUCCUGAAAAACAUUCAAUUUUAAGUUACUUGUUAAACACAAUCAAUCAUUCCCAUGAGAUCUCUAUUAUCGAAAUGAGAAAGAGAUACUUUAAAAUGUUUUUAGAGGAUUUGAUAUUUCAACUGGAUGAGAAAUUAAAGAAUUGUCCCCUUUUGCACAAAUUUUUUGAUCCAAAUUAUGAAUUGUGUUGGUAUAAUGCGUUGAAUGAACCACCUGUUAAUCUAAUUCCAGAUAAUUUACUAUUGGCUAAUCCAAUCAAUCCUGCUGAUCAGAAUGGAUUGUACUCUUUGUUACCAGUGGUUAAUGGAUUUGAUUUCAAUUCAAAUAUUGACAAUUUAUCUAGUUUGAAGAAGAUUAAUGAUGAUUUGUAUAAACUAAACGAUCAGGUAAAGUUGUAUGAGUUGAAGGGAUUUGAACAAGACUUAAAAUUCUCCAUUCCUGAUGAACUCAUCCAAUUUGAAAUCAAAUUCCAUCAAACGAUCAAGAAUAUUUCUGAUUUGAAUAAAUUGAAUGUUAAAACAACAAAGAGUUACAGGAGCUUGGUUGAUACAUUGAUUGAUUUGGGUGGAAAUUUAAACAACUUUUCGUUACAAGUUUAUCAACAAAAAUCUGGAAGCAAUAACGAAUUACUGGAAGCUAUAGAGAAAUUUGGGUCAACAAUGGAUCAAUCUUUUCUUAAUUUUGAAAGUUUUAUUUUGAAUCAGUUAAUUCCUCAAUGGCAAGAACCAGUCGAUCAAAUGAUUUUGUAUUUCCACGGUUCAUUAAACUUAAUAAAGUUCUACAAAUAUAAGGUCAUACAGUUUAAAAUUUUGUACAAGCUAAAGUUCAACAAGUUUCAACAAUUGAUAAAUUUAACAAACAUUGGGGGUACUUCUGUAGUCCCAAGAAGAUCUGUUGAUGCUGAUGAUUCUGAAGGCAGUAUUAACGGUAAUGAUGCCAACAAUCAAGAUGAUAUGGAUACAACAGCAAAAAGUUUUGAUCAUUUGAAAGAAUUAAACAGUCCAACUAUUAACAAUGCAUUAAAGAAUUUGUCAUCUAAGAAAUUGGGUAAAAAAUCAUCUUGGUAUGGAUUAUUUGGUGGAAACAAUCAAACAAAGAAAUUUAAUUUCCAACUCCCAGUAGAAGAUCCAAAUACAGGUACAACUACUGCUUCUUCAUCACAACAACAAAAACCACCACAAAGUCACCAACAGCACCAUCAAGCAUCAAUUAAGUUUAAACUUAGCCAUAUAGAAAAAGAAUUGAACAAACUAAAUCAAUUGAUAGAAUUAUGCAAUCAAGACAUGCACAAAUUGACAGAAGCUUUGGUUACUACAUUUGAGGAAUUUUUAGUUAAAUUGGAAAAGAAGUGGUUACAUUUAAUGAUCAACUACAUCAAGAAUUGUAAGAACUUGUUUGAGGCUAAUUUGACUAAUUGGCAAGAAUUUAAAGAAUCUUUAAUUAAUGAAACAAGAGAAGUGAACUAG